GUUACGUUUCAGAAACAGAUUUUGUGAGUUUUAUCGGAUUUCUCGUGGCAAAAACAAUGAACUUGUCAGACACAAAGCCUGCUGAUGAUUUAUACGACGCCACUGAAGAAACUGAGCACGCGGCCAAGGACUUGUUCGACUGGGACAAAAUUACCCAUUAUGUUUAUGCAGUGGUAUGUGUGGGCUCGAUCAUUGGAAUUGGACUCAAUAUUCUCUGUUUCAAGACCUCUCUCUCCCUGCCCAGGGCCAAGUCGGUCUCCUCCAUCCUCAUGCGACAUCUCGCUGUCUGGGACUCGGCCGCUCUAUUCUACAACCUGAUCGACCAUGGCUUGAUUCGAAUUUUGGGAAUUGGAUGGUCCUGUCAAAACGCGCUCAUCUACAAGAUAUACAAAAUGUGUUGCAUGGGUGUUCGUAUGACUGCAAUGUAUCACGUGCUGGCUAUGGCCCUGGACCGAAUGAUAGCAAUCAUGACUCCUAUUUGGCACAAAAAUAACAUGGCCACAAAAACCAGCAAAGUUGUCGGAAUCAUGGGAGCCUCCAUUAUUCUGUUCUGUUUAUUUUGGUCAUCCCCACGACUGUACGUUUUCGGGAAACAGGAGAACGGGAAAUGCGGAUUUGCCGAGCACAGCCGACUUCUACCGGUUGCGAUGAAAUGGCUCAUAGGAAUCUCCACGUUCGGAAUGAAUUUGGUGUUGCCACAUGCCAUCUUCGUUGUAGCGAAUGUCGUCUUCGUGCAAUCGCUCAACCAACGAAAAACGAACACGACGAAUGCUAUUAAAAAGGAUACAAAUGGCGCGAAUAAAGACCCCAAAAAAAUGGAGAAAGUAUCCAAAACUCAAAAUAACCAGAGAAGCUAUACACUGAUGCUGUUCAUGAUGACUUUGGCGUGCACGAGUGCAUCUAUCACAAUCGGGUCUAUCAACAUCGUCAGUUUCGCAAUCGGCGAAAAAACGGAGGUUGAGUUUCUAAAUUUCGACAAAGGCCACACUGGAUUUGCUAAGUUCCUUUCUGGAUUGGGCGAUAUCGUGGGAGUAUUGAACAAUUCUAUGAAUCUGCUGUUCUACAUGAUAAGCGGCUCAGUGUUCCGAAAUGCUUUCUUACGAGCUUUGAGAAUCUGGGUUCCAACUAAAACUGGCGUCAAUGAAACUGGAACGACAAGUAAUUUCCAGUGAAUUAAUCUGAGUCAACUCUCAUUUCUUGGAUUAAUACCAAAAUACCAAAAAGAUCCGGACCAAAUCUUGAGAAAAACAUCGACUUUAUUCAAUAAUAAAUGUCAUUCUCAUAUAUUGAAUCCCUUAAUUGAAUGCUCAAUCUCUUCUGACCAACUUG